AUGGGCAGGUCUCCGUCCUGUGAGAAGGCUCAUACGAACAAGGGAGCUUGGACGAAAGAGGAAGACGAGAAGCUGAUCUCUUACAUCAAGGCCCAUGGCGAAGGCUGCUGGAGAUCACUCCCCAAAGCUGCAGGUCUGCUUCGAUGUGGCAAGAGCUGCCGGCUCAGGUGGAUAAACUACCUCCGCCCCGAUCUCAAGCGCGGCAACUUUACGGCGGCAGAAGACGAGCUCAUCAUCAAGUUCCAUGGCUUGCUUGGGAACAAAUGGUCUCUCAUAGCAGGGCGAUUGCCGGGUAGGACCGACAACGAGAUCAAGAACUACUGGAAUACAACCAUCAAGAGGAAGCUCCUCGGCCGUGGCCUCGACCCUCAGACUCACCGACCCAUCGAGCUGAUCACUAACCCCUUCGCUACCUUCAAACAACAAGACGUGUCCAUGGCUCAGGACUGCACGACUGUAGCAAAGGUCUUAAACUUCUCCAGCGACGACGGCAGCAGCAGCAGCACCGACCUCAAUCUCGAUCUCUCCAUAAGCCUUCCUUACCACCCUUCUGCAGAAGUGUCAGUGGCAACCACAUCACAAUACUUUGUGCUGCAAUCUCGGUUUAAUCCAAGCUAG